GGUUAAAAAAAAAAAAUUGGUACUUAUUAUUUUAGAAAAAUUUAUUAUUUUAAAAAGAUAAAAAUCAGUUAGGGUUUCAAAUCGGACCAAAUCAACAAUCCCUCAAUUUCUCUGAUCGGAGCCCUAGAAUUCAUCCUCUUGCAUGUGAUGGAUCUUCGUCAUUUUCGAUAAUUCCGAGGUAAAGAUCUGGAAGCAUGUGUUUGUGUGUGAAAAUGAUGUGUGAUGGGAUAUGAAAUUUGGGGAAGUGGUUGUUUUAUUGGGAUUAAGUGAUUACUGUAGAUGGAAAGUGGUGUAGAAGAGAAAUCUGGUGGUAGUUCUAUAGAGAAUUCGAAGAAACAAAGGUCUUUGGAUUUACAGACACUAUAUAAGUCUGGGGAUUUGAAGAAGGGGAAGGUUUCUGUUGGAGAGAGUGAUGUUGAUGCUAGGCAGAAGAAGAAAAAAAAGAAGAGGAAGAGUAUAAAAGAGGUGUCAUUGGACAAGCUUGAGCCAUCUGGUAAAAAGAGUAGGAGUAGUAAGGAUGAGGAUCAUGUGAAUGGGGAUAGUGUGGGACCAGCUGAAUCGCUGUUAUCAUCAUCAAAGUUGGAGAAAGGAUUGGAUUACAGCAAUCGGCUGAGUGGAUUUUCUCUUAAGUUACAUAUUAAUGGUAAUGCUAUUCCAAGGCGACCACGUGGUUUUGUGGGGAGAAGUAAGUUUAAAAAUGGUCGAGCUUCGCAGUUAUCGAGGGUUCAGACUUCUGUCAUUGGAAAUGUGAAGAUAGAAGGUGAACUUGACAAAACUGAGGGUGAUCAGCUUCCAAAAAAGUGUGCUUUGUCUGGCGGAGAAGCUAAAAGUGAUGAACGGACUUCUAAAUUACCUAGUCAUUCAGCUGGCAAUGGUGUUACUGUCAAGGAAAAGAGAAAGAGAAGUGUUGACGAUUCCCGAGUAAAGAAAAAAGAUAAGGUAAGUUCAAGUCGGCAUGCUAAAGAAGAUGGUCAUGUAGCUGUAAAUAAUGGUGAAACAUCUUCUGGAAAGCACCUGAGUACUCGUAACAAGAGAAAGGAUUCGUCAUCUAGGAGUAGAAAAUCUGUAAAGAAUGAUGUAUCAUCUGGAGAUAAUUUAGGAAGCUUUCGUCAAGGUUCUCUGAUUGAUGAUGAUGAGGUGAACCUUGAGCAGAAUGCGUGCAUGAUGCUGUCGUCGAGAUUUGACCCUAGUUGUACAGGGUUUUCUUCAAAAAACAGAUCUUCAGCAUCGCAAUCUGCUGAACGUUUAACUCCUUUACUCACUUCUGGUCAGGAUUUUGUUAGUCGGGAGGGGAAUUCCUUGACUGGAUCCGAAUAUUUAUCUGUUGAUACUGCUAGCAGAGUUCUACGACCAAGACAGAAGCUCAAAGAAAGGGGUAUUUCUAGGAAACGGCGUCAUUUCUAUGAAGUUCUUCCUAGGGACUUGGAUGCUUACUGGCUAUUGAACCGAAGGAUUAAAGUCUUCUGGCCAUUGGAUGAGAGUUGGUAUUAUGGUCUUUUGAAUGAUUACGAUCCAGAGAGGAAACUCCAUCAUGUUAAAUAUGAUGAUCGAGAUGAGGAAUGGAUAAACCUAGAAAGUGAGAGGUUUAAACUUUUGCUUUUCCCUGGGGAGGUACCGGGAAAAAGGAGAGUCAGAAAAUCUGCAAAUGCUACAGAAAGCAUUGACGAAAGAAAACUUGACUUGGUGGUAGAUGGUGACAGCCACCAAGGUAACUGUCCGGACUCUGAGCCCAUUAUAUCUUGGUUGGCUCGAUCAUCUCGUCGAGUAAAGUCUUCUCCUUCCAGGCCAUUGAAGAAACAGAAAACAUUACAGUUAUCUACACCUGUUGUGUCAUCACCGCUGCAUGUCAAAACUGACGGCACAAGCUGGAAUUUAGGUUCCUCGAACAGCUGUAUAGGCAGGACAGAUAAUGAUGUUCUAUUGCCAGAGAAACUGAUUGAUCAUAGCAUGGCUGAGAAUUCUUUUGUCGAAAGUCAUAGUAGCCCCAAUGAUGGAAAACCUGUUGUUUAUGUUCGAAAACGUUUCCGUAAGAUGGAUGGGCUUCCUGUGUAUGAAGCUGACAAAGCUUAUGUAGCUAAUAUACCUACUGUUUCUGUUGCACCAGUUGUGGAUGAAUUACGGAACUACAAAUCCAGUGUUAUGUGCAUCCCUGGCUCUCAGAGCGAGAAGUUCCCAUCUGCAAUUGAUGAUGAAGGGGUGCUAAGGUUACACAGGCCAUUGCUAGAAGCUAAGCAAUUCAGGGUGGAAAUAUGCCUACCCGUUUUGCCUUUGUUGCUGCUUGAAGCAGAACAGAAUUGGUUAUCUCGCUCUGUUUUGCUACUGCAGCAUGGUGCCAUUAUGAUAAGGUGGCCAACAUUUUUUUUAGAGAUGCUUUUUGUUGAUAAUGUAGUCGGACUCAGGUUUCUUUUAUUUGAGUGUUGCCUCAACCAUGCCGUGGCCUUUAUUUUCUUUGUCCUAACAUUAUUCAAUCAAGCUGAUGAAGAGUGGAGGUAUGAAAGUCUUCAGUUACCUGUAACUUCAGUAAGGUUUAGGCUGUCUUCUAUUCAGGAUUCUAGGAAGCAGCAAUCUUUUGCAUUUUCCUGUUUCUCCAAACUCAAAAAUUCAAAAUGGUUAUACCUGGACUCCAAGCUUCAGAAACGUAGUUUGCAUGCUAGGCAGCUGCCUCUGUCUGAGUGCUCAUAUGAGAAUAUCAAGUCCCUCAAUUGCAGGAGUGACCAAUUGCAGUUCAACGCUCAUGCAGACCCUUCCUCAUUUAAGAAGAAGUUUGUGCCAGGUUAUCUCCCCAAAGGCACCUCGACAGAGUGUUGCAGUGCAAGGUUUACUAGUUCUACUCUUAGUUCUGCAACUAAGCUUGGAAGAGUUCCUCCUUUUGCUCUUUCAUUUGCUGCUGCACCCACUUUCUUCAUAUGUCUACAUCUUAGGUUACUCAUGGAACAACACAACUUUGCUUGUGUUAGCCUUCAGGAGAGUUCUAUAAAUGCUUGCCAGCCAGUUAAAAGUGAUGGCAGCCGGGUGAAGUGCUCUGAGAUCGCUGGCUCUGAGAUUGCUGGCUCUGAGGAUAUUUCAGAAACUUCAUUUACUGGAGCUAGUUCUGCUGGAGGGUCAUCAUUUGCUGAACGGCAGCUGGGAAGUUUGGCAUGUAAACAACAGCUGGGGAGUAUGCGCGUUCCAUUGAAGUCAUCUCAAAAUUGUCAAUUAGAUGUUUCCGGGAGCUCUUUCACCGCCAAACUUUCUGAAUUGGACACGUCUGAUGUGACUGUUGUGUCAAACAAUUUGGAAUCUGAUGAUCAAGUAUUGGACCAGUUUGUUGGAUCUCCAGGGAGAAGACAUUCUAAGAAUUUAUCUCACCGCUUGUCUAAUGCUCGGCGCCAUUCUGGUUUGGUGGGGAUGAGUGUUGUAAUUCCAUCAUCUGACCAAGUUGAGGGACUAUCUGAUGGAAAAGAAAUUAUCGUGGGAGAGGAGUCUCAUUUGAGUCUGAAUACAGGCAAUGACCUGAUUUCCAGCCCAAACCAUACCGUUACAAGUGAUGUGGUACGGAGCUCUAAUAUUACUGGAACGGGUGAUCGCAUGGUCCAGAGUCCCAACCCUUCAGGCCCAGGAGGUUUGCCACAUCGUAACAGAAACAACUCUAGUUCUUCUCCUUUUGGAAAGAUUUCACCUGUAUGGGUUGAUGGCAAGGCCAACUUUACAGGGGGUGGAUUUGGCAAUGGCCCAAAGAGACCUCGAACGCAGGUGCAGUACACACUGUCAUAUGGAGGUUAUGACUUCAGUUCAAUGCACAAAAAUCACAGCCCACGAACUCUUCCUUAUAAAAGAAUUAGAAGAGCUAGUGAGAAGAAGAACGCAGAUAGUUGUGGUGGUUCACAGAGAAAUAUUGAGUUACUAGCUUGCAAUGCAAAUGUGUUGGUUACUCUUGGGGGGGUCAAAGGGUGGAGAGAAUUUGGUGCACGUAUAGUCCUGGAAAUUGCUGGUCACAAUGAAUGGAAAAUUGCUGUCAAAUUUUCUGGGGCUACCAAGUAUUCAUAUAAAGUUCAUAAUGUUUUGCAGCCUGGCUCUACCAAUCGCUUUACGCAUGCCAUGAUGUGGAAAGGGGGGAAGGAUUGGGUCCUGGAGUUCCCUGACAGAAGCCAGUGGAUGUUGUUCAAGGAGUUGCAUGAAGAGUGUUAUAACAGGAAUAUACGUGCUGCCUCAGUUAAAAACAUCCCUAUUCCCGGUGUUCGUUUGAUAGAAGAAAUCGAAGAUUAUGCAUCCGAAGUCUCCUUCAUUCGCUCUUCACCGAAGUACUAUCGACAGACAGAAAGUGAUGUUGAAAUGGCCAUGGAUCCGUCACGUAUAUUGUAUGACAUGGAUAGUGAGGAUGAGCAGUGGUUAUCCAAGAAUAACUUUUCUUGCUUUGGUGAGAGUAAACAUGAAGAGAUAUCUGAUGAAUUCUUUGAGAAGGCCAUGGACAUGUUUGAGAAAGUUGCAUAUGCGCGACAUUGUGAUCACUUUGCGCCUGAUGAGCUGGAAGAGCUGACGGUUGGUGUAGGGCCAAUGGAAGUAGUUAAAUCCAUUCAUGAGCAUUGGCAGAAUAAGCGGCAGAAGAAUGGCAUGGCUUUAGUACGCCAUCUCCAGCCACCCCUUUGGGAGAGGUAUCAGCAGCAACUGAAGGAAUGGGAACAAGCAAUGUCAAAUGCGAGUUUUGGCUUUGCUAGCGGAUGCCAGGAUAAAGCAGCUUCCAUGGAGAAACCACCUAUGUCUGCAUUUUGUUUGAAGCCUCGAGGUCUGGAGGUUCCAAACAAGGGCUCAAAACAACGAUCACAGAGAAAAAUCUCAGUUUCAGGACACAAUCAUGUUGUCUCAAGAGAUCAAGACGGUCUUCAUCCCUUUGGGAGAAGAUCAAAUGGAUAUUCACAUGGAGAUGAGAUGUUCAUGUAUCCAAACCAUGAAUAUUCAGAUGGUUCUCCUAUGCUUCAUGCAUCACCCCGAGUUUUUUCACCACGAGAAGCUUCUGGGUUUGGAUAUUUUUCCUUGAACUCAGAUGUGUCUGAUUGGAAUCAACCCAAAUUUUAUAGGAACAAACCAAAGAAGAUUGGGUCGUUUCACUCUCACAGUAAUCAGCAUAUGGUGGCUUCCAAUGAUCAGAGAACUAUUGUGAAGCGAAAUGGGGUUCAUAGGUGGAAUAUGAGCUUACCUGGGAGGUCUAAUAAGAAGCAUUACCGUCAUGAAGGAUCUCGUGGGUCAGCCAUUGAGCAAUUUGACAGUUCAGAUCUUCAUGAGUUCAGGUUGCGUGACGCCUCCGGAGCAGCACAGCAUGCUCUUAACGUGGCAAAGCUGAAGAGGGAGAAGGCCCAAAGGUUACUCUAUAGAGCUGAUCUAGCCAUCCAUAAAGCUGUUGUCGCUCUCAUGACUGCUGAGGCAAUCAAAGCUGCUGCUCUGAGCGCAAAUGGUGAUGGUUAGGUUGUGACUUGUGUCUGAGUAUGGUGAUUACCACCAAAUCAAGUUCCUGAUCCCUACGAAUCAAAGCUUUGGGAGGUACUGAUUGUGCUCGUAUAGGAUCCAUUAUUGUUGAUAGCAUUUAGUAGGGUUUUCAAAAUAGGUUGCUGGAAAAUUCUUGUAGCAGAGUCUUUACUUUUUGCCUAGGUCAUGAUUUUAUGUACUUCAAUUAUACAUAGUCUCAUAGUCUUCAGGCAAUUUCAGUACAUAGCUUUUUAGCCUUUCGUUGCUCGCUAGUGUUCCGGGGGAAGCAGGUUUUCCAGUUCAUUGUAACUGAAGGGCUCUUGCCUGUGAAGGGGGUGCAUGAAAUUUUGCUAUGCUCAUCGAUCAUUGUACAGAUUUUUAUCCAUGUUUACCCCCCCUUCUUUUAGCUCUCUAUUGACCUACCUACUUACCCUUAGCAUAGUGCAAUUGCCCAGAAAUAAUGUAAUACAUCUCUUGAAAAGUAAAUUACAUAUUUUUGUUUGGGCUA